ACAGAUGGCAGAAUUUCCACUUGACCCUAGAAUGUCAAAGGCCAUUAUAUCAGCCAAAGAUUUCAAAUGUUUAGAGGAGAUUCUGACUAUAGUGUCACUGCUGUCUGUGGACUCUGUUCUUUAUACUCCACAAAGCAGAAGGGAGCAAGCUGUAGCUGUAAGGCAGAAGUUUAUGUCAAGUGAAGGUGACCAUAUAACACUACUUAAUGUAUUCAGGGCUUAUAAAGGUGUUAAUGGAAACAAGGGAUGGUGUAAAGAGAAUUUUAUCAACAUGAGAAACAUGCGGACAGUGUUUGAUGUACGACGGCAGCUCAGGGAUAUAUGUGUCAGACAAGAACUACCUCUCAAUACAUGUGGUCAUGAUACAGCCUCUAUCAGGAAAUGUUUAGCUACUGGAUUUUUCAUGAAUUCAGCAGAACUGCAGAAGGAAGGAGAAUACAUGUCUUUAUCAACGAGGAAAUCAGUUACCAUACAUCCAUCAUCAGCCUUGUUCCAUUGUAAACCUGCAUAUGUCAUCUAUAAUGAACUUGUACAGACUACUAAAUGCUACAUGAGGGAUCUGUGUGUCGUGGAUGCUGACUGGUUAUAUGAGACGGCACCUACCUACUUCAAGAAGGAAAAGCCUGGUGGAUGAGUUGUUGUAAGUUAUUAACCUUUACUUGUUAUCAAUCUAAUGAAAUAAAUGUACAAUAUAAAAA